CCGAGCGCAAGCCGGCCGGCCACCGCAACCACCCGUCCUCCCCUCCCCUCCCCUCCCCGUCCGUAAAACCCAACAAACACCAACAGGACUCGCUCCCAGUCCCAGUAACCAGCCAGCCACCACCCACCACCAAGAGAGGGAGAGAUGCCUCCUCCUCCUCCUCACUCCCUCGCCCCGCCCCAGCCCCAUGACCGCACCCACCACCACCAGCACUAGCGUACCAGCGAGCGGCGAGAGGGAGCGGGAGAGGGACGGCGGGUAGUGGCCGGGGGCCGCAUGGACCUGGGCGGGGUGCUGAUGGCGGCCGCGGAGGCGGGGGUGGGCGGAGGGGAGCUCGGCAUGCUCGGAUCUAGGCUGCUCAAGCACGGGAGGGCCAAUGCGGCGGCGGAGGCCGAUGAGCACGGCUGGGGCCUGGGCGUCAGGCCGGCCGCCAAGCAGGCCCGGGCCGCGGCCUCGGCCGGGGACAGCGACGCCGUGUCCGAGGCCGUCAGGGCGGCCGCGCCCUACCUGCUCGGCACCUGCAGCCCCGGGCACGGCCGGGAGAAGAUGCUCAGCUUCUCCUCCUCCCACUCGCAGCCGCCCUCCUGCCCCUCCGCCGCCGCCGCUCAGGCCGCGCUGCCGCUCUACUACGGCACGCCCGCUUCUUGCUCAGGGUUGAGCUCGGUGAGCUUGAGCGCCAGCAUCCAGGGCGCCAUGGCCAGGGUGAGGGGGCCCUUCACGCCGUCGCAGUGGAUGGAGCUGGAGCACCAGGCCCUGAUCUACAAGUACCUGGCGGCCAACAUCCCGGUGCCUCACAACCUCCUCGUCCCCAUCAGGCGGAGCGUCACCUCGCUCUACCCGUCCGCCUACUUUGGCUCCUCCACAUUGGGGUGGGGGCCUUUCCAGCUGGGCUACUCCGGGAACGCGGACCUGGAGCCCGGGCGGUGCCGCCGGACGGACGGCAAGAAGUGGCGGUGCUCCAGGGACGCCGUCGCCGACCAGAAGUACUGCGAGCGGCAUAUGAACCGGGGACGCCAUCGUUCAAGAAAGCAUGUGGAAGGCCAGCCUGGCCAUGCCGCGAAAGCGAUGCCUGCCACGGUGGCGGCUGCUGCGCAGCCCGGUGCUCUCGCCGCAGGUGGCUGCGGCGGAGCUACUGCUGGCGCCGCCAUCGGCCACGAGCAGCAGCCGAUGAAGAGCUACGCCGCCAACGCCAUUGAUCCUUGUUCACUGCAAUACAACAGGGAAAUGGUAAGCAAGCAGCAACAGGAGUGUGAACAAGUGCAGGACUCGGAUAGCCUCUCGAUGCUGACUUCCAUGAGCGCGAGGAACACAGCAGGCAGCAUGUUCCCGUUCUCAAAGGAGCAUCACAAUCACAAUCACAAUCACAAUCACAAUCCCUUCGAGGUGACGAGCUCGAGGCCGGAUUACGGGCUGGUCUCAUCCGACUCGCUGAUGACGAGCUCCCCUCACAGCUCCUUGGAGAACGUCAACCUGCUCACCUCGCAGCGAGCGCUCUCGAACGAGCAGCAGAGCUCGCUCUCCCUGCAGCACUUCGCGGACUGGCCGAGGACGCCGUCGCAGCAGGGGCAUGGCGGAGCGCUCUCAUGGCCGGACGCCGAGGACAUGCAGCAGGCUCAUCAGCGGACCCAGCUCUCGAUAUCCGCUCCAAUGGCGUCGUCCGACCUGUCGUCGGCCUCCACGUCCCCGAUCCACGAGAAGCUCAUGCUGUCGCCCCUCAAGCUGAGCCGCGAGUACAGCCCCAUCGGCCUCAGCAUCGCGGCCACGGCGGCGGCGAAGGAGGACGAGGGGGAGGCGAACUGGAUGCCGCUGUUCCGCGACUCGGCCAUGGGCGGGCCGCUGGGGGAGGCUCUGAACAAGAACAAUGGCGGCAACAUGGAGGCCAAGAACUACCUGUCGGCGUCGCUGAACCUCAUGACGGACGCCUGGGACUCGAGCCCGCUGGAGUCGUCCCCCGUGGGGGUGCUGCAGAGGACCGCCUUCGGGUCGGUGUCCAGCAGCACCGGCAGCAGCCCCAGGCAGGAAUACCACGGCGUGUAUGACGGUGUCCCGCGGGAUGAUCUCGGCUCCAUCGUCGUGAAUCACCCCAGCAUCCGGCUGAUGUGAGCUGCUGCUGCUUCUGAGUUCUGACCAUGGGAGCUGGAAGAAGGAGGCUGGCCGGCCGGCAACGAAGUCCGGCAAUGAACGAACUUGGGCAAGCCUUCUUCACGGACCUUGUUACAUAUCCAACAUCGUAUCCAGAAGCAUUUUACGUUGUGGCUUGUCAUUUGGGACUAAUCUGUUGUUGUCUUCUCUGCUUCUGGAUGUUGGGGUUUUCUAUUCCUUUUUCGAUGUAACCUUAGAAUUCGCUGGGUAUUUGACGUUGUAUGUGUUGUGUGUCUGUGGAUGGAUUUGGUGGUACUACUACGUUGUUGCAUAUCAUCUGAUAAUGUCCAAUUAAUGUUGCAAUGCCUUGAUAAUUGUUGAUUA